AUGUUUCGCAGACUCAAUAGAAAUUUAAAUAAUUUUAAAAAUGACAUUUUAAAACAAAACAUAAGAGGACAUUUUGUCUCUAGAUCCUUAUCAAAACAUACACUUGUGCUACUAGUUCUUAGUAUUACUUCCCUUACAAUGGGUUGUAUUAUGACAUAUACAUAUUACAACCUAUAUGAGACAUUAAUAAGUUACAGUGAUAGCACUACUAUUCCAAUAUAUUUCCCGCAAUCUACAAUGUACUUUUACAUUCAGAUAGAUGACUUCUACCAGACCAAUCUAAAAUAUUCUAAAAGUAUAAGUUAUAAUCAAUUAAAAGGCGAUAGAGAGACUAAUUCUAAUGUUACAGAUCCUUUAAGUAGUAGAAGAGGUAAAGUGUAUUAUCCAGCGGGUAUUCUUCCCAAUACAUUUUUUCAAGACGGGUUUACUUUCUCAAAUUUAAAUAUCAAUACUUCUAAUAUAUCAUGGAAUAGUAUGAGAAAGAAGAUAAAACCGAGUGGAUAUGAUAGAAGUGAAGUAAUACCACCACCAUUAUGGGAUAGAUAUAGAAAUAUACCUAAUUUAUCUGAUAAUGAAAGAUUUAUUAACUGGAUUUAUACAUCACCUUUUUAUAACUUUAGAAAGUUGUGGGGGACUAUUAAUGUCAGAGAAGCGGGUGUGUACAAUUUAGAAAUAGAUUCUAAAUACCCAUACGGUAACAAAAAGGUAUUUUUUAGUCAAAUGUCAUGGGCAGGUACUAAAAAUUACUUUUUAUCAAUAGCACUAAUAACAAUGGGUAUUAUUGGAUUAUUAUUUACAUAUCUGUUGUAUAGAAAAGUGUUAGAUUAA